CCCGUCAGGAAGGCGUUCGCUUUAUGAUAUUUCCCUGGAUUUUGUGUUGAUUUUGGAAUUUACACGGAUUGUUGGUAUGACUUUUGCAUGGAAUACUCAAAACUGUGUGCUUUAAAAUAUUUUUAAAUCUGAAGCCAUCAUGGAUCCUUAUAGUCCAUCCCAUCCCACUGACCAGGAUAUGGAUUUGGAAUCUGAUUCUCCUGCUACUCCAGAACAGGACGCCGAUCAGAAUCAGUUGCCUCCCAAUCAGUCUUUAAGCGAUGUUGUCCCAUUAAUUUUUAACUCUGAUGCAUUUGCUUGUCAAGAUAACGCAAGCAGUCAUCAAGCAGACCCUAAUUUAGAUGUCCCUCACUUUGAUCAGUCGGUGAGUGAUCAACAUGAUGCUGCAGAAUCGGAUGGUAAAGAUUGUACAGCAACUGAUGCCGCCUUAGAGAAGAAAGAUAAUCUAAUAGAAACUAAAAAGCAAGAUGACAAUCAAGUUAACGAAAAGCCAUCUAGUUCUCAUGAACGGUCUUCUGAGACACAUCGGCGUAGAAGCCGAUCACCUUCCCAUAAGCGAGUUGAAAGCAGAUAUGAUGACAGAAAGAGUAGACGAUCUCGAUCACACUCGAGGCAUAGGUCUUAUAAACACCGUUCCAGAUCACGUUCCAAAGACCGAAGACGGGAUCGAUCAAGAACACCACGUCGAUCUCACAACUCAAACCGUGUCCGCAGUUCCCGUUCUCGAUCUCCAGCUAGGUCAAGAAAACCGUUCAAUGAAAAACGUGCAUCUCGUUUUUCUGAUACACCAAUACCUACUUGCAACGCUAAAGACAAUUCUAGUCUGUAUGAGGAAAAUCCCUGCAAGUCACCUGAAGUCGUUCGUUGGAAUCCACCAAAGACGGUCGAAGAGCAACAUGUAUCUGAAACGGUCUCAGAAAGUGAGACUAGAAACUCUCCGUCUGAUGUGACUCAUGAAAAUCCAACACUGAAUCCUAGUGUUAAUGUACUUCUCCAAAACCAGCCCCCGACACCUGUACAGACAGUAAAUAGUUGGCAGAAUAUGGUUGGCGGUAAUUCCACGUUUUUACCUAGAGUUCCACAGAUGAACUUUAGUCCUAUGCGAUUUCCUCAAAGUAAUUUCGGACUAGUUGGGAUUCCUAACUCAACAUUCCCAUCAGGUAUUAUUCCCUACGCUGGCACAUCAAUACAUCCGAACUUCAUGCAACCCCCACCUAUGAUGGUACCUAGAGUAAAUACUCCGAUGCUUCCUGUAAACAAUGCUGUAUUUCCUGGUCAUUGUGUGCAGUCAGUGCCAAAUUUACCCAUGGUGAUUCCAGCUCCAGCCUUCCAAAGGAAUGCUCCGCCUCCGCCCCCUCCACCCCCACCCCCGCCACCCUCCACUAAUACUCAGCAAAUGCCAACCACAACGUCCAAUCUUUUGGAAACUCUAAUGAGCAGAGCUGGCCUGCCUUCCAAUACACUCAGCGAAUUAUCAUCGAAUACAAAGACGAGUGAAAAGUGUGAUUCAAUUGAGGAAAUCUCUCCAAUAAAACGAAUCAAUAAGCUGCUGAGUUCAGCCGCAAGCUCUCUUUUGAGUCACCUAACCAAGAAAGUUGUUGAUGACUCUUCUGAUGAUCUGCCCCGCCGCCUCCCCCUCCUCCACCACCACCACUCCCGUUUCAACGCCGUGGCGAUAUGAUCAUAAGUGCUUCCAGUCGGCUGCAUACCUUCGUUCCCCCACCACUCCCAGUCGUUGAUUCUGCUUUUCCAGAUGGUGAUUCUGAAGGUAAAAUGCUACCGAAUGGUGCAAACGAAAAGAAACCAUUUGGUGACAUGAGCAUGGCAGAGGUGCUAGCGAAGCGUAAACGGUAUGAUUUUGCGUCUCGACGAGAAUGGCAGGAACGCAUCGCUCUUGAAGUGAAAUCAAUACUGAAGCCAGCAUACUAUUUACGCAGGAUCAAUAAAGAAGAUUACAAGGAAAUAAUGAAAAAGGCUGUCACCAAGGUAAGAUUUGCAACUAUCUUAAUUCUAUUUGAUUGUAGAUUUCAAGAAGUGGUACUUCUUCAAUCAACACUGAAAAAAUCAGUACAUUUGUAAAGUUGUAUAUUGAGAAAUAUCACCGAAUGCAUAAAGUAAAAGCCCAAGAAGCUGCAAAGCAAUCUGUACAGUAAAAUGAAACUUCAAUUCUCUUGCUGUAAAUUGUACAUAAAAUAGAUUAUUUACUAUGCACCUGUUAAUCUCAUGCUUUAAUGCCAAACCGUAUACGGCUAUGUAUAAAUAGGUUUCGUUACAGUUAUACCAGUUAGUAACGGGACGUCACGUAUGGUGGCAUCAGAUUUCCAUACAUUGGUCUCCAUCUGGGGGAUUGGUGAUUAUUGUCGUGCCUAAACGAUAUAGACAUUUACUCUCCCAGUUCAAUAACAUAACCACAAGAAAUGGAACCAUACAAAAGAAUGAAGAUGCCAAUGGGUUUAAGAGUUUGAGAAUGGAAAUUAAUCAGAAGAAGAAUUAACUAUCCACGAAGACACGUUAAAUAUGCUUUAACUGUUGUGUUGCUAUCAUACUUCGAAAAGAGAAUCAGAUGCGAAGGUGGGAAAGUGUCGUUGAAGAGUCCUAAGGUAGGAUGAAAUAGCUGUUCAAUAUUCGCUGGUCUUCCAGUGGUUCUUUAAUUGAUGUCAACUGGCGAUCAACCGUGUAAAUAUGGAGGUGAUCAGAGUACAAUGGCCAAUAAAUUUUAAAUAUGUAUCCAGUGAUAUUACAAGCCAAUUAAAUUGUUAUACAAAUAUAAAUAGUUAUGAUUUAUUAUAGUCUAGCUUUUAUUGGUGUAAUGACGGGGUGUUACUGUAGUUGUGG